CCUCAGGCACGGUCACGUUGCGGAGGGUAUGAGGCCGGAGUCGGCCGCACCGAAGGCAGGCUUGAGAGGGAGAGCGGAAGAGAGAGGAAGGGAGGGGGGCUCCCCUCCGAGGGGCGGGGGUCGGCCUCAGCGCGAGAGGGGCCGCUUCCGGCCAAGACCACCCGCCUCGCAGUCCCUUCGCGCCGAGGCUGAGGCAAAGGGCGGUUGUGUAACACCAGGCUUCCGCCAGUCAGCCCGCAUGCCGUCUCCUCACUGUCGUCGUCUCUGUUGCGGGCGAGGGGCUCCCUCGGGGUCAGUAGGUUGUGAACGCUAAGAUAAAGGUGUGAAGAGUUAUGAACAGUAACACAAAUAUGGCUUGAAAAAUAACAAAACUGCAUCCGGUUUUCAUAUUUCAUUGAAAAGCUGAAUUCUGGAAGUUGAGCUUUGUAAAACAUUUCAUUGUGGUAGUUGUUUUUAAAAGACUCCUCAGCAUGAGUGACUACUUGGAAAUAGAAAAUGCUAAAAUGAUCGUAGAAAGCACAGAUAUUCAGAUGAAGAAUGAACAGAAUCUGAAUGUUCUACAAGAAGACUUUGAAAUGAAUGGGGAAUCAAGUGCAAAUGAUGCCAAUGAACAUUACUCCAUUGGACAUGACUCUCAUAGUAAUGAGGGUGAAGAAAAUGGAAAAGAAACAGCUAUGAUAAUGGAAUCGUUAGAAUGUUAUAAAAGCAGUGAACUGACUUUGAAAUCAAAAACUCAGAAGGAACUGAUAAAAACAUUGCAAGAAUUAAAAGGGCAUCUUCCUCCUGAUAAAAUGAUCAAAGGCAAAUCUAAUAUCCUAGCAACGCUGAAAUAUGCACUACGAAGCAUUAAGCAAGUUAAAGCCAAUGAAGAAUAUUAUCAGUUGAUGAUGAUAAAUGAGAGCUAUCCCUGUGGUCUUGAUGUAUUGUCCUAUACUGUUGAAGAUGUCGAAAACAUUACUACAGAGUAUAUCAUGAAGAAUUCAGACAUGUUUGCUGUAGCUGUUUCUUUGGCUACUGGGAAAAUUCUCUACAUCUCUGAUCAGGUUGCAUCAAUUCUUCAUUGUAAGAAGGAUUUGUUUAAAAAUGCCAGAUUUGUGGAAUUUCUGGCACCCCAGGAUGUUAGUGUGUUCUAUAGUGCUACUACUCCAUACAGAUUGCCAUCUUGGAGUAUUUGCAGUGGAGUAGAAUCUACCACACAAGAGUGCAUAGAAGAAAAAUCUUUUUUCUGCCGCAUCAGUGCAGGAAAAGAGCAUAUAAAUGAGAUUUGCUACCACCCAUUUCGUAUGACUCCAUAUCUUAUUAAAGUACAGAAUAUAGAGGAUCAGCUUUGUUGUGUAUUGCUUGCAGAAAAGGUGCACUCUGGAUAUGAAGCACCAAGAAUUCCUCCUAAUAAAAGAGUCUUUACAACCACACAUACACCAAGUUGUUUAUUCCAAGAUGUAGAUGAAAGAGCUGUACCUCUGUUGGGUUACUUACCUCAGGAUUUAAUUGGGACCCCUGUGUUAAUGCACCUUCAUCCAAGUGAUCGACCUUUAAUGCUAGCAAUUCACAAAAAAAUACUUCAGUGUGGUGGUCAGCCAUUUGACUAUUCACCAAUCAGAUUCUGUUCUAGAAAUGGUGAAUAUGUAACUCUGGAUACUAGCUGGUCUAGUUUCAUCAACCCCUGGAGUCGAAAGAUUUCCUUUAUAAUUGGAAGACACAAAGUUAGAACAGGUCCCUUGAAUGAAGAUGUGUUUGCACCUCAUUGCGCAGAAGAAAAAAGUAUUCAUCCUAAUGUUCAGGAGAUUACGGAACAAAUACAUCGGUUAUUAUUACAGCCAGUACAUAACAGUGGCUCUAGUGGUUAUGGAAGCUUGGGCAGCAAUGGAUCGCAUGAACACCUUAUGAGUGUGGCUUCCUCCAGUGACAGCAAUGGGAACAAUAAUGAAGAUAUCCAGAGGAUACCCAAGCCUAACUCUUCUCGAGGUACCUACAAAGAUGGACCUGUGGCCAAAAAUAAAGAAGAGUAUGUUCCUUUUGAUUCCAGAUCACAGCCUGAAAAUCAAAAAAUAUCUUAUGGAGAGAAACCCAGUGACCAGUGUGGUCAUAUGAAAAAUUCCACUUCAUUAGCCGAAAAUGAUACUGUUGGAAUUGUUUGUCAGAGAAGCCUAGCUGGAGACGAAUUGGCUUGGGGAGAUCAGCCUGUGUAUUCAUAUCAGCAGAUCAGCUGUUUAGAUAGUGUUAUCAGGUAUUUGGAAAGUUGCACUGCAGAUGAGGCUGUAAAGAAAAAGCCUCCAACUGUAUCAAAUGCUGUUUCACCGAAUUCGGAUAUACACAGAAAUAAAAUGAAUGAUAAUAGCAUUAGAACAUCCACAGAAGAAAGUGGGCAGUCAAAAGCUCAUAUAGGCCCUACAGUGUUGGAGUCACCAGAUAAAUCUUCUACUGUUGUUGGUGCUCACUUAACCUCUUUGACUUUGCCUGGAAAACCUGAAAGUGUUGUGUCUUUUACCAGUCAGUGCAGCUACAGCAGUACCAUAGUUCAUGUUGGAGACAAAAAACCACAACCUGAAAUAGAAAUAAUAGAAGAUGGUCCCACUGGCACAGAACCCACAGAGGGCCAACUUGUUGCUCCUCAGUCUAACACUUCUCAAAAGAACCAAGAGAAAGAGGCAUUUAAGAAAUUAGGAUUAACAAAGGAAGUCCUUGCAGUACAUACACAAAAAGAAGAGCAGAACUUUCUAAACAAGUGUAAAGAAAUAAAAAAGUCUCAUAUUUUUCAGUAUCAUUGCAAUUACUACUUUCAAGAAAAAAACAGAAAACAUCCUGGUGGACAUGGUAUUUAUGGACUACAGCAUGGCUCUGGCAUAGAGCACUCUUGGAAAAAAAAUGGGAAGAACAGGAAAUCUAAGUCAAAACGAUAUAAGCCACACGAGUCUUCAGAUAGUACAGUGUCUGGUACCAAACUCCCUCACAGGUUUCCUCUUCUGGGCCCAAAUGCAACUGGCUGUACCCCAUCAGAUACUUCCCAAGCAAGUUGCCCCACCAUGCCUUUUCCUGCCGUUAUGCCUGCAUACCCACUUCCAGCUUUUCCACCUACAGGGACUGUGCCAUCAGGUCCUGAAGCCUCUCUUUCUGGUUUGAAUGAAUCGCAGGACUUGGGAAAUAAUUGUGCUUUGCCCUUAUCACAGUUUCCUGCACCACUAGUGACUCCAGUGGUAGCCCUUGUACUUCCCAACUAUGUGUAUCCCCAGGUGAACCACAGUGUCUCUCAAACGCUUUAUCCUGACCCGCCUAGUUUUUCUGGCCAACCCUCUUUCUCUUCACCAUCACAGUUUACAGCACAGCUUCCAUUCACUCCCUUAAACCCAUUCCCUCCACAAACAAUGUUUCCAGCACAGCCAUUCCCUUACAGUCCAUCAGCAGACAAUGAAAAGGCCCCUGUCACAGAAUCCAGAAAUGACCCAUCACGCUCCUGUACACCACAGUCCUUGGGUCCACAGGAUCAGCCCUCAACGCCGUUAUUCCAAUCACGAUGCAGUUCUCCUCUACAGUUGAAUCUUUUGCAGCUAGAAGAAAUGCCUAAAGUAACUGAAAACGGAACCACUGGUCCACUGAGCGGCCUUGGAACUGUAACAGAUGGAGAGACCACCUGCAAACCCAUGACAUUAGAGGAUUGUAACAGAGAAGCACCAUCCCCUAUGGACUCUCCAAUGGAAGCUCAAAAUUCAGACACCUUCUCUGUAUCAAGUGAUUUACUUGAUAUUCUACUUCAAGAAGAUGGAAGUUCAUCAAGAAGUGGUGUUUCAGCUGCUACUGAGUCUUUAGGAUCUGGUUCAAAUGGAUGUGGUAUGUCAGGCAGUGGAACAGGAGGUAGCGAGACAAGUAAUACGAGCAAAUAUUUUGGGAGCAUUGACUCCUCUGAAAAUAAUCAUAAAACAAAAGUUCCUGAAGUGGAAGAAAGUGAGCAGUUCGUUAAGUAUGUCCUCCAGGAUCCUAUCUGGCUGCUGAUGGCAAAUACAGAUGAUGCUGUUAUGAUGACUUACCAGAUACCAUCAAGAAACUUGGAAGCUGUUUUAAAAGAGGACAAACUGAAACUGAAACAGAUGCAGAAGUUUCAGCCUAAGUUUACUGAGGAUCAAAAAAGAGAGCUUCUUGAAGUGUAUCCAUUGAUUCAGAAGGGUGGACUUCCUGAGAUGGUUGCUAAUUCUUUGUGUAUGUAUUGUGAAGACAACAUUAACAGCAGAUCUUACACACAAGAUGAAGAGGAGGUUCAUGAAAUGGAGCUUAAUGAAAUGAGUGAAGACUGUGGGGAAAAUAAUUUGAAUACACUGAACAGUCAUCAGUGAAGAUGUCUGAUUCAAAAGAUCCAUUUCCACAGUGCCUGCUACAUUUAACAGUUGCAGUUUAUCAUUAGAUCUUAAUGGUUUUUAAGUUGUUUCUUGUAAAAUGAAUCAAACGAAUGCAUUUUUUGUUCUAGAAAAAGGUCAUUUGUGAUAAACCUCUUUGAAUGGCAGUAAUUUUUCUAUCACUUGCAGCCGUUGCUGAAGAUGUAUAUUUUGUGUUCUUUUUAAUAGCCCUUUCAGAUUCUGAAGCACCUUUCUGUAAAACUACAGAAAAAUACCAUCAAUCAGUAAAAUGUCACAAAACUUUAGAAUUUAUGCAAUUUCAAAAAUUACUUUCCACUCUGCAUUUUCUGUGGCUGAUAAUAUCCAAACCCUUUAUUUUUCAGUCUGAGAAUAUCUAAAAUAAAUUCCAGAUUGAGUGGAAAAUAAAUCCUAAAUAAGUCGCAAGUGUUUGACUUAUCUAAAGGGCUUAGUUUCCCUUUCCCCAUUUCAUUUGAUAAUAUCUGUAUUCUGAUUUCUUGGAGUUAUAUGAAUUCACUUACAAUAUCCAAACAUCUGUUCAACAUAUUAAAAAUAUUUUAUCAGUGUUAAAGCAUCAAGCAGUAACCAUACCGUAUGUUUUCUAAAUUCUAAUCAACUGUCCCUGAAAUUAUAUAUUCCUUACUUGCUUGCUAAAUGUUGCAGUUGUUUCUGUUUACAAUUUCCUCUCAUAUAUUCACUCAUCAGCCAUAAGUGAUAAUCAUCUGAAACAGUUUUGGGCAGAAAACAGAAAUAUUCAUUAGUAGUAGUAAAAAAAAAACCCAAACAAAAUCACUGCCUCACCUUUUAGUUGUUAUCAAGAGUAUCUUUAACAUUGGCAUUCUGGUGUGGUUUAAGUAUUGUUUGCGUAAGAGGAAGAGACUUGAAACUGAUGCAGUUCUUCUGCAUUGGUGUAAUCUUUCUAUAUAGUGGAGAAAGAUCAAAUAGUAUACUAAUCAGCCAGUUGAGUUACCCUUUGUUGUUGUUUUUUAAAAAAAAAGAUGAAUUGUAACAUUAAAAUUUCUAUGUUUGGAGAAGAUAUGGCUUAGGUCAUAUGACAUCUUCCUAUUCUCUUCCUUCACUUUGUCAGGCCAGUACAAGUUGCUUUACCAGUUGGAAUACAGCUUAUUUUCUCUCUACUGAUUCUGUAGCCACGUUAUCCAUAUGAUGAAUAGUGUGGCCUCCUUUGGCAGCUGAAGAAGAUAGAAGCCGAAGUGUUUUGCUCUUGAAAUAUAUAUAUAUAUAUAUAUUAAAGUUUUGUGUGUGUGUGUGUGUGUGUGUGUGUGUGUGUAUAUAUAUAUAUAUAUAUAUUGUGCAGAGAAUGGGAAACUAUUAAGGGAGCCCAACUUUAUUUGAAGCUAGAUGUUUUUAAAGAUUCCUUGUUUCUCAAACAUCAGUUUCUAAUGAUAAUGGAAACAUGGAUGUUGAUGUGUUGUAGAGAAACUAUAGCUGGACAUUGUAGAAGAUUUCAUAUAUUAGUCAUGCUUCAAAAAAUAAGCUGGAAGCACAAUAUAUCUGUAGGUAGACAGGCAUAUACCAUAUAUACUCAUGUAUAAGUCAACCUCCUGUAGAACUCAAAGGGCAGGUUUGAGGGCCAAAAUCAUGGGUUUUUAUAUGACCCAUGGAUAAAUUGAGGCUUAUUUCACAGAGAAAGUUCCAGCAUUAUUUUGGGACCGGGCAGCCCUUUCUGCCACUGCCAUUUUCCCAGCCAGACAUUCAGAAAGGCCACAGAAGUUGUGAAGGGGGAUCAGAGCAUCUUUUAGGUUUUCCCAGGAUGGGCUAAGCUCUCAUCUUUCACCACUCAGAGAACUGAAUGGUUCCUUUUAGAUUAAAAGACUUAAGAGUAACAUUUACCCAUGAAUAAGUCGACCUAAUUUUUUUUAGGUUGGCUUUUUGACUAAAAUGUCUAGAUUUACACAUGAUCACAUAGACAACCAUUUUCCAUGUGUUCCUAUCAAUCAUGGCAUAGGAACUGUCAUGCGAAGACUGACCAAUUAGCCAUUGAGAUAAAAAUCCAGUCUGCUUAUGAAACCAAAGCCAAAGUAAGGCAAUAGGUAAUAGGUAAGGCAAUAAGUAAAGCAGGAAAAUCCCAGACAAUCAUGUAUUUACUUAUUCUUUCUAUGUCUUUGUUUUUAUAAGUUUCUCUGCUAGUCAUAAUCUAGUAUGCAUCUUUGGAUGUGAAUCUGCAUCACAUGAUCAGUUGCUUAACUGGUAAUUUUAUGUAGAUCACUAAAUUGCACGGCUGUAUUAUACAUAGCAAUUGAUGUUUGCUUGAAACUUGCUCUUGUUAAUUCAUUCUGGUGUAUCCCAAUUUUAUAUUUGUAGGAGUGUAAAUACUAUUUCACUGUGCACUUAGUCUACAUUUUUUUUCUCAACACAACUAAUAUUGUUGAAAAAGACAAACUGACGCGCAUGUAGGAACGAAUCCUGAUAAAACCUUUCCUAAUUGUAUUUCAAGUCCUUACUGUUAAGUAAAUGAAUAUUUGUCUAUAACAUAAGAAUGCCAGUAAAUUGGUGUAUUAUGCAUAUUAUGUUGUGCUUAAAAUAACAACAUUAAGUGUUACUCAGAGUUAACUUGAGAAAUUAAGCUUCAUCUAAUGACAGCUUGAUCUACAAUCACUUACGUCCAGGCCCUAUAUAUUGUAUUUAAAUCACAUGGAAACAUAUUAGCACUAAAAAGAAAAAUCUCAGUCUAGAAAGUUCUAUAUGAUUUGCUCCAAAAUUUACAAAACCUCAAGUUUGUGGGGGGAAGGGGGGGAGAAUCCUCCAUUUUAAGAGAUAUAAUUUAAGUGUUUUGUUUUUUAAAAAAUCAGGAGUCUCACUAGUAGCUUGCUGGAUUGUGACAGGAUAGUUUGUUAGUGUUUUGAAUAGGGUGUGGAUGAAUUCUGAUACACAGCUCCAUUGCUGGUUUGCAUCUGUGGAUGUGUGUUUAAUGAAACCUGAGAGAGAGAGAGCGAAUGUAUCUCAAGCCUUUAAUGGGUGUCUUAAUACUUUUAAAGUGAUUUUUAUUUGCAAGGUAAUACUGAAAAGUUCUUAUACAUUUUUUAAAUUGCAAGCCUACUUUUUAGACAUGAUAUUGAAACCAGCCUUCUCCAAAUGUAUUGUAGACUGUUUAAAUUGAAUAUACAUAGUCACUAGGAGAAAAUUUUGUUGAGGUGUGGUUUUUUCCAUCAGCAACCAAUGUUUUCUGUAUCCUGUGCAAUAUAUUGUUUUUGUUACUUGUAACAACUUUUAUUAAAUGCUUUCUAGAAAAAUGGAAAAUAAAGCAGAUUUAUUUUUUA